AUGUCGCUGAGCAGUGCCAGCCCAUCCGGCUCAGGCAAGAAGCAAUCCCGCAAGUCCUCCUCCAAAUCUCGGCCCGCUUCUUCCCUCGCAUCUCUCGCAUCACCCAUCGCAGCUUCAUCACCAUCCACGCUCUCCUCUUUCAGCUCAGAUGGACAAUCAUUGGCGCUGCUCAGUCAAGCUUUGGAUAGACAUCGAUUGAGGAUCUACGACUGCAAUGCUCAGGAAGCGGGAGAAGCUUGGGGAGGCUUGCCUGUCCCUGAUACCAAUGGUCAAGCGGCGACCAUCGAUGCGCCAUCAGAUGCUGCUGGCGCAAGCAAGAAGAAGCGAAGGAAGAGCGCGAAUGCGAAUGGAAAUGUCGACAGCCUCGCCGCUACCACCAACGCCCCCUCUCCUCGGUCCCAGAGCGUUGUAGCAUUGGGUCUGCAGGAUGGCAGCAUUCAGCUGUUCUCACCUUCUCUGGGUAAAGUCGUGCGCGUCCUCAACGAUGCAGCACCUUCUUCGGCGAGCGAUAGAGCCGUCAGAUCUCUGCUCUUCGCAGAGCAAGGCAGCGACCCCGUACUGCAUGCUGCUUGUGCAGACUCGCUUGUCCGAACUUGGUCAUUGGCACCCAAUGCGGGCAAGGCUGGCACGUCUUCACCUCAGAGAACGCCGGUCCAAGACGUAGCGGCGCUUGCCUCGGGCCAAGACAAAUCCAUCUUGGCAGCUUCUCACAACAUCACUCGACUGGAACUAGUCGGAGUCGGUGGUGCGCAAGGCUCAGAGGCACGCGCUCCCACUUACAAGGCCUCCAAGACAUGGACAGGACACGCCAGCAGCAUCACACACCUCGUGCCGCUGCUCAUUCAAGAGCAAGCCUUCAUCUCUGCAGCAGAAGGUGACCGGGUGUUGACGCUGUGGGGCAGCUCAGCUCGACCCCUCGCAUCCCUGCCGCUCGAAUCAGCAGUGCGUCGCGUCGACUCUUUCAGCUCGGACGCAUCGACGGAUCUGAUCCUGUCCAUCACGGUAGCUGGGAAUGCGGCCAUCCAUCACGUCCCUUCUUCCAUCGACCCUGCGGCAAAAAAGGUGCAGAGUCUGGAAAAAGCUUCGAGCGUCGUGCUGAGGACUGGAAAGAACAAAGAGGUGACGCCUUUGCUGGACGCACAUGUGCACCGGGGCAUCUUGAGCGUUGCUGCCUUGCUGCACGGCAGCAAGCUCAUCGUCGAGAGGAUGUCCUUGCUUGACGAAAUGGGCAAACUGCCGAAAGAAAUUUCAGUAGUCAGAUCAGGGUCAGGCGGCCUUCUUUCGCAAGGAGACACCGAGCUGGGCGAAGGCGCUGCAGCGGCUCAGCGUUACAAGGGCGCAGGUCAUGCGCCCACAGCAAACACUUCUGGAAAUCUCAGCACAGGAGAGCUGCUGGGAUCCAACAGCGCAUCAGGAUUGAUUCCUGAUGCUGACGUUGCUGCACCGAAGCGUUUUGCGGAUGAGCAGGCUGAUCUGGACGCCGAACUUGAUGCUGAUGCUGCCGAACCGACCCUUGCUGCCCGACUCAAAAGCCUCGGCGUCGGUGCGUCUGCUAAGGAUCUUGCCGAUGUCAAACAAUCGAAACGAAGCGGCAACGCGGGCACUGGCGCAGCGGCGGAGGAAGACGAAUCCGAAGCGGAGGCGGAUGACGCAGCAUAUUUGGCACAAAAGGCCCCUCUAGAAUCCGGCGGCUCGCUAGCGCAAACUCUGAUCCAGGCUCUUCACUCGGACGACUCGGCCAUGUUGUCAUCCUGCCUGGCGCACAGCGAUCCUGGAAUGAUAAGAGAGACGGUGAGAAGGAUUAGCGGACCGAUUGCUGUCAAGUUGCUCGAAGCUGCCGUUUCUACCAUGUCGGCGGGUCAGAGGAGCAAAGGUGCUAUCGGAAGCCAGAGGGCUAGAGGCUUGAUCGAGUGGAUCAAAGCUGCGUUGACUGCACAUGCGGGCUACCUGAUGUCUCUACCGGACCUUGUGAAUCGACUUGCUGUUUUGCACGCUACUCUCUCGCGCAGGAUCGCCUCGCACGAGCGUCUCUUGGCGCUAUCUGGCAGAUUGGAAUUGGUGCUGGCGCAGAUCGAGUUCCGAACCACAUAUACCGCGCAACAAGCUGCGCAGAGGCAGGUUCAAGGCGUGAGCGCGAAGCGCGGCAAGGGAGCUCGAGGAGCGGACGAGACGAAAGAGAAGAGAGCGGCUUAUGUAUGGAAAGAAGGAGAGAGCGAUGAGGAUGAAGAAGAAGAGGAAGAGGGAAUGGAUGUGGACGUAGAUGUUGAUGAGGACGAGGAGGAAUCGACAGAUAGCGAAGGUGAUGAGCCAGAGACAUUGAAUGCUGCUCGCACAAACGCUUUUGGAGCAGAUUCGGACGAUGAGGACGUAGAGGUGAUCAGACCUCAACGAAGACAGUCAAACUCUGCCAGGAAAGCGCUCGAUAGCGACCAAGAGGACUCGGACAGCGAGGAGGAGGAGGAGGAGGAGGAGGAGGAGGAGGAGGAGGAAGAAGAAGAUGACGAUGAUGUUUCGAGAGUCAGCAGCAGGAGAGGAGGAGCAACUUCAGCAGAGAGUGAAGAGGAAGGGGAAGACGAGGAUGAAAGUAUGGGAGAAGUGGGACUCGCGAGUAGCGUCAAAGCUUCCAGUAAGAAAUCGUCCAUGAUUGAGAAGGAUGAUAGUGCUUCAGAGGAUGCAGCUGAAGAGGCAGAGGACAGCGAAGAUGAUGAUGAUGACGAAGAAGAAGAAGAAGAAGAAGAAGAAGAAGAAGAAGAUGAUGAUGAUGAUGAAAGCGAGGAGGAAGACGAUUCAGAAGAAGUCUCUGACGAAGAGGACGACGAUUCAGAUGAAGAAGGCGAAAAGGGACUGAUCGAUGAUGAAGCGGAAGAGGCUUCGGACGAUGAGGAGGACGAAGAAAGUGAUUGAAGUGGGUCACUCUGACGCUCUCCACCUCGCAUCUUUGCCUCCUCAAGCGUUUCGUUGCCCAGGCCAUCACGCAUGCAAUCCUCUGUGGCUCAUCUAUCCCCACAUUCGCCUUCCCUAUCGAUACUUGACAAGUUCUUUUAUUUGCUCACAUCUUCUACACGAGAUGCAAUUGGUGGAUAGUGCUCCACGCGAAGAGUAGGCAAUGGCAAACAGCGUCUCACAAGCAAGGACGAUGCGCAAGAGCCUCGUAUCAAAACACCUUGAUCGUUUGCAUGGGGUAUUGCUUUGAUCCAGUGCACAGUCGUGAUCGUUAAGGAUGCAGAUGAGGUAAAGUGUGGUGUAGGGCUGUCAAGCAGCUGGCGGAAGGAAGGUAGGAGAG